AUGGCUAGUAAUCCCAACCAAGGCAACGCUGCAGGAGGCAACGACUACCUCGACAAAGCCUUCAACACCGUCGCGAAUAAAUUCGGGGGUGAGCAAGGCAAGAAGAUUGCAGCGAAUAAGGGCUUGAGUGAAAAGAUUACCGAUGGAAUGCGCAAAGCCUACGAAAAAGUAACGGGGAAGAAGGUUGAUCCUAAGAUUUCCAAUUGA